AUGGUACGAACAAAACUGUCGAAUGGCUGCGUGCCGCUGCGGGGGCGGCGGGCGGCCGGUCGAAGGAGGCGGCGGCGGAACUGUUUCGCAUCGCGCGGGAGGAAUUCGAGCGGAAUUAUAAGCAGUGUGACAUCAGUAGCCCGGGGUCGGACGACAGCACCGCGUGCAGCGGAGGAGGGAGCCGGAGUACUGUUGCAACUACUGCCUCCUCCAGUAGCACUAGCACAGCAGCCUCGCCUGGAGUCGUGGUGGAACAGCGAGGUGGGCGGAGAGGUAGUGGCAGCAGCAGUUCAGCAGGCGUCUUCUCAGAAGGAUUUCAUCUUGUAG